GAACAACAACGUGGACAACCCCAGCUGCGCCGGCAUUGAGGGUGUACUGGAGUCCUACCUCCAGAGCCUGCGCACCGUCCAGCUCUACGGUCCCACCAACUUCGCCCCCGUCAUCAACCAGGUGGCCGGGGCGGCCGCCCAGGUGACUGAUGGCUCACAGUACCACGUCCUCCUCAUCAUCACCGACGGCGUCAUCUCCGACAUGCUGCAGACCAAGGAAGCCAUCGUCACCGCUUCUGCCCUGCCCAUGUCCAUCAUCAUUGUGGGAGUGGGUCCGGCUGAGUUUGAGGCCAUGGAGGAGCUGGACGGUGACGAGGUUCGGGUGUCUUCCCGUGGACGCUAUGCUGAGAGGGACAUCGUACAGUUUGUGCCAUUUCGGGAUUACGUGGAUGACUCGGGAAACCAGGUGCUGAGCAUGGCCCGCCUGGCCAAGGAUGUGCUGGCUGAGAUCCCCGAGCAGCUGCUCUCCUACAUGAAGACCCGUGAAAUCAAGCCUCGCCGGGCAGACCCCCAGUAG